CCAAAAGCAAGGUCUUCUUUAACUAGGUAACUAACAGCCCAGCUACGUCAGACGAGGGCCGGCCGCAUACGUCGUGCCUUAUCGCUCGCUGCCGGACUACGUACCUGCUCCCCCCCUCCAAGCUCUCUGCUCCCUAGCGACGCUUGGCCACCAGACCAAGCUCGCCCGCCUUCUUCAGUCCCCCAGCUUUCCAGCUUCCACACCAUUCGACUCGCUGGAACCCGCACAGGCGUCUGCGAACCGUCUUCUCGACAUACACGCCGACGAGCUCAAGCUCGGCCAUCGCUCGCUGCACAUCCCGUCCACCCCCCCGUCCCCGUCGCCCCCCAGGCGCUGCCCCUCGUGUACCACUCUGAGGGGGGACCGACCCCGUCAAACAGCAUGGCCGCCACCACCUCCUCCACCGCCGCCGCCGCCACCUCCGACGAGGUCGUUCGGCGGCUCAGGGAGUCCAAGCCGCCCGCCACGGACCGCUUCACCUACCUGACCAUCAUCGACAAGUCCCUGUCCCCGGAGGUGCUGCCGGCCCUCCAGGAGAUCCUGGAGGAUGUCGAGCUGACGGGCGACAUUGGAUGGGACCUGGUUGAGAUGCUCAUUGACGUGCCCGGCAGCGAGCCCUGCCUCGAGAGCAUCGCCCGCCUCGGCAACCCCCGCGAGGUCAUCCUCAAGGUGCUGCAGGUCAUGGACAUCACCACGGGCAAGGGUGAGAACGGCGCCGAGGGCAACAAGGCCUUUGUCACCCUCUGCGGCAUGCUCGGCAUCCUGCACAAGCGCCUGCAGGUCAAGGCGCCCUCGCGCUUCCUGCACACGACGCUCGACACGGUCCACAGGUCCUACGACCCGACCAGCGCCGAAGCGACGGCCGCCGUCAUCGCCCUCGUCCGCUCCCUGUCGGGCCAGAAGCGCCCGCCGCUGCCCACGCGCCAGUCGAGCACCAUGCUCGACAACCCCUUCCAGGAGAGCGACCCGGCCAAGAGCGCCCCCGACCCCGAGGCCGACAAGACGGACCAGCUCAACGCAAACGAGCCCGAGGUCAUGGAGCUGCUGCUGCAGUCCUUCAUCACCAAUAUCAUCGAGGCCUACGUCAACACCAACAGCCUCGAGUGGGCGUCGAGGCUGUUCGAGUACACGUACCCGGACAGAAUAGUGCCGGGAAAGAAGACGAUGACGCAAGCCUUCAACGAAGUGGAGGAGCUCCAAGCGCGGGACGCGCUGGUUGGGCAGCUCGUGGCCGUUGCAGGCGACAUUGGUCUGUCCAACGUGCCCCUCUCCAAACUGAAGGCGUCUCUCGAGGACAUUUGCACAGACCCCCUGGCUCUGGACUUUGACCCCGCGAGACCGGACGAGAUCAUGAUGUCCACGGGCGGGCUAGUAUGCUUGGUGGCCUACAAGAUAUUCGCCUCGGACGUUUUCGACGCGAACCAGCCGCUGCCCGACAUGCACAUGUUCCCUGACCACCACCAGAUGCUGAAGCUCUUCCUGGGAGAGAGCGAGGAUCCGCAGGCGCAGGUAGCCAGCAACCCCGGCACAGUAGAGUCGCUCCUGGUCAUGGCCAUAUGGCUGGACGGGUCCCGGCGUCUCACGGCGGCGGCAGAGGGUACUGAGGCCAACUUCAUGGCGUACCAUCACCUCCUGACCCUCAUCUCCGUUUUGCACCCCAACGUGCGGGUGCGCAACGCAGCGACGGUCGUGUCUGGCGCGGUCCUGCAUGCCGAUCCGGACGAGGAGGACAGGCUCGCCAUUCUGGAGGAUCUACUGGAGAACUGCAUGUUUUCGUCGCUGCAGGCUUGCGCAGUGACGUGGCUCAAGGAAGAAAUCAUCACCGCCAAGAAGACGGGAUCAAGGAACCGCUUCAGCAGCGCCGAGUGCCUCGACUCGCUGCAGUACACGCUGUUCCCCAGCCUGACAUAUCUCAAGGAGGCGGACACGGACACGCUGCUGGAGUUUUGGACGCAGAGCGCGCCGCUGCUGCUGCAGGUUGCCAACUUUGCGCUCUUCUUGUACGGCGGCAGCGAGUACAAGGACCUGGCGCCUGCCGGGAUGGCGGCGGCGAUUGAGCACAGGUACGUUGAGCCGCUGCUCCACGCGGCCAAGGCACUCUUAGCGGAGGUGGAGAAGACGGGUAUCGAGGCGCAGGACGCGGAGCCCGAGACCCUGAUGCAGUUGGGGAUUUUGGCGGACACGCUCGGCCGAGUACCGUUGCAGUGAGAAGACGCGCCCCGGUGGCGGAGGGAGGGGGCAAAGGAGGAGGGGCUACCGGGCCCCGGCAGGCUCGGGACCAGCGCCCACGCGGGCCCUGCGGAUGAUGAACGGCUGGGUCACCACCACCCGCGCAAAGGCCCUCACCUAGGUGCCUUGGCUUUUAGCGCAGGUGUGCGGUAGUCUAGGAAGCCGGAGUGCGGGACGCGGGACAUGUACAACUGAUCAAAGCGACCUGGUGGCGACAGGAACUGGCGGAUGCAUGGACUGAUGGAUGGCUGGCUGGGUUGGUCGUUGGAGGAUUUUGGUCGCUCACUGCUGGCGGGUUGCGCCUCGGCGUCUGUCUUUGCUAGGGUAAACAGCCUACCGUAGGUAGAGUAAGUAUAUAGUGAAUUGCUGCGCCUGUUCGAGCCG